AUGCCUCGACCGAAAAUCCGACCGGAGAAUCGACAACGAGCAUACAGGGCUUGUGCUUCGUGCAAGGCAUUAAAGAAGCGAUGCGACUCGCAUCAUCCGUGCUCGACAUGUGUGCGGAGGCGGCGGGCUUCCUCGUGCUCUUAUGACAAUGAUGAGCCUGCACCAGGCACCUCGCAACGCAAUGGAUCUCCUCGCACCACAAACGGAAUCCUUCAUCUCUACACUCGCGAAGAGAUGAUGUUUAUCAUGUCCAAUGUCAAUGACGUGAGCUCGAAAAGUUAUCGUGAAGACAACGCAGCGAUAAACCUCGUCAUUGCGAUCGGCGCGCAGUGCAGAGGUUUGAAUCAGAGUGAUCUGCAGAUUGCGGCCAAAUACUUCGCGAUGGCUCAGAAGGCGGCCUUCGAAGGCAUGCUCCAGGAUCCAAGCAUCAAUAUGGUUCGAAUAUUCCUGCUGAUGGCAUUCUAUAUGCUUGGCGCUUGUCAGAGGAACGCAGCUUUUAUGUACAUCGGCGUCGCGUCUAAAGCUGCAUCUGCACUUGGUCUGCAUGUGGCUCCGAGACACCGAUGCUUUGAUGAGGAAGACCAAGAUCGAAGGUCACGCACAUGGAAAAGCCUUUGCAUCCUGGAUCUCCUAGUAACCUCCAUUCUCGGCCGCUUAUCCUCUUCACCAACAAGCAAACUCGAGUUCUCGACUUCGACCCCUUCAGAGAGCUCUACUGAGAGCUUGGCAUUCGAGGCAGUCCACGACGAAUGUGCAAUGAUUGGCGACAUGGUUAACAACCUCACUCAAAACGGAGAUCUGGAUGUCACGUCUGCAGAAUCAUUCCUCCAGCGGCUGAGUGAGUGGAACCGAGGUCUCCCACCCCAACUACGAAAGUUCGAAUGUAACGACAACAUACUACUUCCGCAGGACCGUGAGCUGGCCAUUGGAAGGAUACAUGUUGCUUGCGUAUACUAUUUCGCUGUCAUGUUGGCAACGAGACCUUUUCUCAUUCGUCACUCGAUGUCAAAACUUCACAAGAAGGGCGGCAUGCAGAACAAGCAGGUCAAUGCUGAAGCAAGACUCGCCGAGGUCUGCGUCGAUUCCGCCAUAUUCAUGGGCAAGAUGACUCACGAGGCCUUGAGAGCUGAUCUGCUUCUAUGCAACAUGUGCAUGCUCAAGGCCUGGAUGUUUGCAGCAGGACUCGUGCUCGGAUUCGCAAUAUACGUAGACGACGCCGUGCGAAGAGACAUCGAAGAAGCCUUCUCUGAAGUCCGCAACGUCCUCAGAAAACUCUCCGACCUCAGUCCUCAAGCUGAAGAGUACUACGAGAUCUUGAGUUCCUUCUCCGAUGCCAUUAAUGCGCACCGAGACGAACUCUCCCGAAAGCGCCGCGCAGCAAACCAACCAUUUGUCAGUCAAAUAUUGACAUUUGAAUCCGAUCAAGCAACAAACGAAUCUGCGGAUACACAGAUGAUGGAGUUUUCGUCGACGAACUUCAAUUACGAUCUUUCGGAUAUGAUUGAUCCUUUGGGUCCACAGAUACCUGACGAUUUGGAUAUGAUCUUUAACUUUGAAGCAGGAAGCGAUGCGUCGUUUGGGAUUCCUACGGACUUUAGUGCUAAUGUUGAGCCUUUGGGGAUGUUCUUUGGAUCGAUAUGA